AUGAGUUGGUGGUGGGCUGGUGCCAUCGGAGCUGCCAAGAAGAAAUUGGAAGAUGAUGAGCCAACGCAAAGCUACGAGAGCGUCGCUCUGAUCAUCGGCGUAACUGGAAUCGUCGGAAACAGCCUUGCGGAGAUUCUACCCCUUUCCGAUACUCCAGGUGGUCCUUGGAAGGUCUACGGCGUUGCUCGCCGUCCCCGACCUAGCUGGAACGCUGAUCAUCCCAUCGAUUACAUCCAGUGUGACGUCUCCGACGCUGAAGACUCCCUAUCCAAGCUCUCCGCUCUCACCGACGUCACCCACCUGUUCUAUGUUACCUGGACGAAUCGGGACUCGGAGCCCGAAAACUGCGAGGCGAACGGCACAAUGCUCCGGAAUGUCCUCCGUGCGGUUGUUCCAAACGCACCGAAUCUCCGGCACGUUUGUCUCCAGACGGGAACCAAGCACUACGUUGGCCCCUUUGAUGGUGACAAGAUCAGCAGAGUUCAUCAUGAUCCGCCUUUCACCGAGGAUAUGCCGAGAUUGCAGGCACCGAAUUUCUACUACACCUUGGAGGAUGUUCUGUUGGAAGAGAUCAAGAAGAAAGAAGGUGUGACCUGGUCCGUGCACAGGCCAAACACCAUAUUUGGAUUCUCUCCGUACAGUCUGAUGAACAUUGUAGGGACUCUUUGCGUCUACGCAGCCAUCUGCAAGCACCAAGGGUCUCCUCUGGUUUUCCCAGGGAGCAAGAAGGCGUGGGAAGGCUUCACGACAGCCUCGGACGCAGACCUGAUCGCCGAGCAGCAGAUUUGGGCAGCGGUUGAUCCCUACGCCAAGGACGAGGCGUUUAACUGCAACAACGCAGAUAUCUUCAAAUGGAAACAUCUGUGGAAAAUUCUCGCCGAGCAAUUCGGAAUCGAGGAGUAUGGAUUCGAGGAAGGGAAGAACUUGGGGUUGGUGGAGAUGAUGAAAGGGAAAGAGAAAGUGUGGGAGGAGAUGGUGAAGGAGAAUCAACUGCAGGAGAGGAAGCUUGAGGAAGUGGGUGUGUGGUGGUUUGCCGAUGUUAUACUCGGAGUCGAAGGAAUGAUAGACAGUAUGAACAAGAGCAAGGAACAUGGCUUCCUUGGUUUCAGGAACUCAAACAACUCUUUUGUCUCUUGGAUUGACAAGUACAAGGCUUUCAAGAUCGUUCCUUGA